CAGUGAUGGCUACACAGUGACACCAUCUCAAAAAAAGAAAACUAAAAAAGCUAACAGACAGGAAGGCAGGAAAUGAAGGCUGGGGAGCUCAUCACAGCAUAUCGAGGAGCAACGGGGAAAGAAUUCUUUGAAUGAUGUGCAGAAACCACAUAGAUCUCCUUGUGCCCCUAGAGAGAAGCAUGUCCUCAGACAACCAGUGGUCAGCAGACAAGGAUGAAGGCCAGUUAGCCCGACUGAUGAGGAAAUCUAGAGACUCCCCCUUUGUCCCUACAGGUGUGGCUGGAUUUGUGGCUGUGCUGUCCUUUGGUCUUUAUAAGUUAAAGUACAGAAAAGAUCAGAAAAUAUCGCUUCAUCUUAUCCACAUGCGCAUUGCUGCCCAAGGAUUUGCCGUAGGAGCUGUGACUCUAGGUGUUCUCUAUUCUAUGUAUAAGGAUUACAUUAGACCUCAAUUCUUCAAUAUGUCCAAAAAAUGAAGCCAGAAGAUGGAAACAAGAAAAACAAGAUCCUUCUGAAAGCUGGUGGUUAUAAAGAAGGAAUUUUCAUUGGGUUCCAUCUUAUACCUUUAUU